AUGACGGGAAGAUAUAUCGCACUUGCUGCGGAUGAUCCAGAUGAUCAUAUACUUCAUAUUUCUACAGGCAUCGAUGUCUUUUCAGAUAAGCUCAUAUACAAUGAUAGUAGUGUUUGUAACAUAGAUCUUGGCAUGACUGAUGGCGGAAUUCUUGAUAUGCAAAUAUCUGCAUCGUCAUUUCAGCGCAUGUUUCCACCUUCACAUUCACGACCUUUCUAUAAUGGUUGGUGUUCCGAUUUAAACGAUGCCAAUCCUUUCAUCCAGGUUGAUUUGCUUGUUGAAACUAAAGUAGAAGGUAUCAGUGUGUGGAAUUGGCAAAAAACUAUUACCACUAUGAAUGAAGUAAUCUGGGACACUGUUGUGCAUUUUGGUGUAGAUGUACUAAAUGUUUCAUUUGGAAAGACUGAGAAGGAUCUCCGUCUAUACAAACAGGUCGGUCAAUAA